CCAGCCCCGACGGGCACGUCUUCCAGGUGGAAUACGCCAUGGAAGCCGUCAAGCGAGGAACCUGCGCCGUCGGAGUAAAAGGCAAGGACGUGGUCGUUCUCGGCUGCGAGAAGCGCUCCGCACUGAAGCUCCAAGAUACCCGCAUCACACCGUCCAAGAUCGCCAUGGUGGAUAACCACGCCGUCCUGGCUUUCGCUGGUCUGAACGCCGACGCCCGCAUUCUUAUCGACAAAGCCCGUCUAGAAGCUCAGUCCCACCGUCUGACCGUCGAAGACCCCGUCACUAUCGAAUACAUUACGAAGUACAUUGCUAGUGUGCAGCAGCGGUACACGCAGAGUGGUGGUGUUAGACCCUUCGGUAUCAGUACCCUGGUCGUCGGGUUCGACCCCAAUGAUAAGACGCCCCGGUUAUAUCAGACUGAGCCUUCGGGGAUUUAUUCCGCUUGGAAAGCAAAUGCUAUCGGACGCUCCAGCAAGACUGUGCGCGAGUUCCUCGAACGCAACCACCAGGAUGAGAUGGAUCGGGAACAGACUAUCCAGCUCACCAUCAAGUCGCUGUUGGAGGUUGUGCAGACCGGUGCGAAGAACAUCGAGGUGGCUAUCAUGUCGCCUGGGCAGUCGAUUGAGAUGCUCCCGGAUGACCAGAUCGAGGCGUACGUUAAGAGCAUAGAGACGGAGAAGCAGGAGGAGGCGGCUAAGAAGAAGACGGGUCGCGGUGGCACCACGACGGCUGCUAUCCUAACACGGCCUGGUGGCGGCGAGGGCAGUGAGUGAGAGCCGGGAGUAAGGUGGAUGCCAUGCCGUCCAAGUAGAGGCUACGUCGAACAAGCAACUAUGAGACUCUCGUUGCGGAGGUGUGCUUUCUAUCCGGUUAAAUGUCUAGGGAUCUUGCAAGAAGCGUUACGUCCUUUUUUCACGAAAAUAAACUCCGUUAUACUGUAAUGCAGAUGUGCUCCGGAUAUAUAUAUGAA